CAGGCCCAGGGCACCUCCGGCCAUACCUUCUCGGCUUGGAAGCCGGUCAUAUUUGGAACGGCAUAUUACUGGUUCUACCGUGGGUGUAUUUGCGAAGGCUCCUUCUCCCGCACAGACUUCGAAACGUCGCCGGGUAGAAAAUAAUAACAUUCCAAGCGGCAAAUCCCCUCUGAUAAGACCCGCACGCCGAGGUCUCAGAGAAAUGGACCCCUCCAGUGGCGCAAUGCCCUUUGAGGACCCCGAGUUCGAUGUGCUCGAAUGGUACCCUCAUUUUCAGUCUUGCGUACGCUAUUUCUUGGACCACGCACAGUACGACGGCCCGAUCCAGGCUUUCGCCGCGUUCCUCAACAUCAAGCUCCCAUACCAGCAGGUUCCGAACCCCGUUGUCUCGUACAAACCCGCCGCCUCUUCGCCUGCAACGGUAGCGGGUGCUGCUGCCGCAAGGCAUCCUUCGGCCCAUCCCGCAGCGGCGGCUUCGGCUGUGCAUAUGCCCGAAUACGCCCCCUCCCCAGGCAUACCGACCCCUAUGGUCUCCCCCGGCCCCAACGUCAUCUCUGUCACGCCCUACCUCCGCCGCUUGGUAGCCAUGGGGCUUGACUCGCCGGGAAUUUUGCACGGGUUCUUCGGCAACGACUGGGUGGCCGGCAUCGGCCGCUUACACGAGGCCGAACGGCGCAACUACCUCUUCGCCGCCAAGAGCCGUCCCUGGCUCAGUGUCAAGGACUCGUAUGACAUGGGCGACGGCCAGUACAUUCCGUAUCUGAAGCCGCUCCAGGACCCCUCGGAGAAAGAGAUGCGCGCCGCCGACGUGAACUGGAGCGAGUGGCUUAGCGUUGGCGAUCGACAGUGGAAGGAAUGGAUGGCAAUGGAGGAUUGGGUCAUCGGGCCGCGAGCACCCAGGGAACUUCGGAGACCCGGGGCCCAUGACGUAGCUCACAUCAAACGGGAAGAAGAUGGCUGAGCAAAUAUCGCAUUUCAGCGGGCAUUGGCCAGGGCCGACCGGACUUGGUGGGAUUGUCCAAGUUAUAUCUCACACGUUAUUGGUGGGUGUUGCCUGGGG